CGUCUCUUAUGAUUCGUUCAGUUUAGAGGAAGCCUCAAAAAAUCCAAUUAAAUAUUCUAUUUGAAAAACAAUUUCUUAUUCGUACGUAUUGCCUCUCAAAAAUGCAAACAGUUAUAAAAUUCAUUUCAGAUUUCAAGUCAGGACUAACCAGAAAUCAAUAAUAACACGGUCUGCAACCAACAUGAAGUCAACUCCCACAGGUCACCAAAUCAGUAAUGGUCAGAAAGCAGAACAUAUAGGAUCAGAGGAAGUUUUGGGAAAGGUCGGCUCAAAAAGCACUCCUUCACGAUGCCAAAGAAAAUGGCACGUAUUUUCGUGGAGAAAUUUCAUCCUUGUUUCUGUCCUUUUAUCGCAACUUUUGAUCAUCCCAUGUGUGGCGACUUCGUGUCGGGCCUCUGGAUUUCCAGCCGGGUUCUGCGACUGUAUGAUGAGAGGGUGGCCAUACAGGACAUGCGCCAGUCAGUUUCACAAGAGAGGAGCGCCUAUGUUAGAGAACUACAACAAUCCUGCUUCUGAACAUGGCACGAGUCCCAAAUACAAUUCGAACAUCAGGUUUCCAGUUACAUUUCGGGGAGUCCAACAACAAAAUUGGGCCGAAAACAUUUUGCCCCAACGGAACUUGAACUCUUUCAAGACGCAUCAAAAACACAGGGAGCUCAAAAAGAUGUUCAACAAAGAUCGCGGCAUCGAUUCCUACAACAAAAUCUAACUUGAAUUGCUAUAUCAGUUUUGGUUCAAGCAAAUAAAUUUCUUUUCUUUUGGGACUUAUUAUAUACGCAUUUAACCACGCAUAUGAUUUGUCAGAAAAGAUUGUAACACCACCGAAAAGCUUGACCGAAAAUCGAUCUUAAAUUGAUGAUUUAUUGCCAAUAAUUUGCUUUUAUUAGAGUCAAAGUUGUAUAUUUCACCUUUCCCCUUUGCGACAAAGUGCCGAAAAUGUCAAAUUGAUUCAAUUUGACACCACCAAAAAAUCAGAACAGGAAAUAAAUGCAAUUUACUGCA